AUGCUGAUUUCUACAAUUUACUCAAACAGCACGUACAUGGUACUGACUACAAGCACUGUACGACCAGGGGCCGUUCUGCGCAUUGCCGUUCACUUCCUGUCGCCCGUUUCCGGCGAGACCGUGACAGCUGAGCUACUUUCCGACACAAAUGUAACGUUGGUGAGAACAAAAUUCACUAUACAAUCCCCCGGCCGCCCACGGGGCAGGAGGGAGGUAUCAGACGAUCAACCAAUUAAUGGAGCUCUUGACAGACAUUUAAUGGUAAAGCGACAGAAAAGACCAGGCAAAAAGAUCACUUAUCCUGUAGCUACUUCAGCCGGCACAACCACAGGCCCUACGCAAGACAUCGUCAUCGAUCUGACCGCUCCAGUUAAUAUUACGUGGGGAAGUUACACACUGAGGGUGUCGGGCAAAGGUCCAAUAAAGUUCAAGAACGAGACGAGCAUAUACGGUGAUCCCAGAUCACUGGCUAUCUUCGUACAGACGGACAAGGCGGCGUACAAGCCAGGGGACACAGUGCGGUUCCGGGUGUUCGCUGUCAACAGUUCUUUAAAACCUGCAAACGUUACACUGAAUAUAGAAAUAACAAAUCCACGUAGCGAUAAAAUCUUUGAGAUGAUGGGACAAAGUAAUUUGACGCCUGACGGGAUACAGGGCAGCCUCCCUUUGUCCGAUAUGGCUCUACUGGGCAAUUACAAGAUCGAAGUACAAGAUGCGGGUGUCGACGCCAACUCAGAGUCCUACAGUUUUGAGGUUCUGGAAUAUGUUCUACCGAAGUUCGAAGUUAUUGUGACGCUACCUUCGUAUGGGAAGACAUCCGACACCGAACUGACUGGAAAAGUUGAAGCUAAAUACACGUUCGGCAAGCCGUUGGUGGGCAACGUGGUUUUGCAAGUCAAGGAGCGCUAUGGCGGCGGAUUCUUUCUCCCUUCGGCUGCGCAAACAGAGUUUCCGAUUAAUGGCCAAGCAACGUUCCGAAUACCAAUGACUGUCCUCGAGAGGGUGACUCGAAGACUAGAUUUCAACACAUUGCUAGUGGUUGCAGCAGUGACGGAGACGGCAACUGGCUUCAUGCACAAGGGCGAGGCGGAGAUCACAUACUAUUCAAACCCGUAUAGGAUUGAGUUCUUUCCAAAUAUGCCGGAUAACUUUAAGCCUGGCUUUGGCUCAUAUCCAGUCAAGAUACGUGUCACCGAGCAAGACGGCCGGUCGCCCGUUACACCAAAAGACCAGGUCAAGGUCACUACGAACUUUUUCACCGAUAAACCAAUCCAAGGACCCGCGCCGCCAAACUCAAUAGUGAUACCGAACUAUGAAGUCCUUUCCCCGUUCCUUUUGGGAGAUACAAUAAUGAUUGCCGUGAUGAGCUACCCGUUAAGCAAUGACGGGACUGUUGAAUUUGAUCUAUCGAUACCCGCCAAUACAGCAACGUUUGCAUUAAAGGCAGAGUUUGGUGACCAAACAGCUUUUAAGGACGUGAGCCGUUUCCGAUCACCAAAUGAUAUUUUCCUGAAAAUUGAAAUGGGCUCAACUUCAAAUCUAAAGAUUGGCGACCAAGUUACAGUGACGUUUAAAAGCAAUGCCAGACCAUCAGAUCUGAACUAUUUGGUCACGGCACGUAAGAAUAUCGUUGCUCACGGAACGGCGCAAUUUUCUAGCGGGUCGUUCAAGGUUACUAUCACCAAAGAGAUGGCGCCUUCUUGCAGACUCGUGGCCUACUUUGUAAACACGAAUGGUGAAAUUGUAGCAGAUGGUCUUAAUUUUGUUGUCGAAGACCUGUUCGAAAAUAAGGUGACAGUGGCAUUCAACCAAACCAGCGUUGCCCCGAAGGCGCCAGUGACUCUGAAAGUUACGGCCGAUACGGGGUCAUUGGUGAACGUUCUCGCUGUUGACAAAAGUGUCAUACUGUUCAGACAAGGCAACGACAUAACACCUCAGAAGGUUACUGACAAAAUGGCGAUCUUUGGAGAUUUCCCGAUUAUACUGUUUGGAUGGGGGCGAAUCUGGCCGUGGUGGUUUAGUGCCGACGACGCCUCGGAUAUCUUCUCGAAUGCUGGUUUGACGGUAAUGACUGAUGCAAACUUGUACAGUUUUGACUUCUCUUCUGUCCAAAGAAAGGGUUUUAAUGAAGACAAAUCAGCAGGAUCUCGUAUCGGCGUAUUUUCCGCCAUGACACAGUUGAAUACAGCCGCGGUCGAACCACAAGGUCAGGUUAGGACGGACUUUCCGGAGACAUGGCUCUGGUCAUCUAAAAAAGCAGUAAACGGUCAAGCCAACUUCCCAGCCAUCGCCCCUGACACGAUCACAGACUUCGUAGCGAACGCUUUCGCCAUCCAUCCUGUCUCGGGAUUGGGUGUAGCUCCAGUCACUUCAAAUCUGACCGUGUUCUUGCCAUUCUUCGUGAAUCUUCAACUCCCCUAUUCAGUCAUCCGUGGAGAAUUGGCGGUAAUCCAAGCGAACGUGUUCAACUAUCGUGGGAACGGGUCCACAGAAUAUGCGUCAGUUCGCCUAAAGUUUUCCGAGGACUAUGAUAUUGUUUCUAUCAAUGGAUCCGGUAUAGAAACGGCUCAGGUCAAGGACUUCAUCAAAUGUGUGAAGACGACUCAAGGUGGUGUGACUACAGUCUACUUCUUCAUACGACCUAAGACCAUAGGUACAAUUGACGUGAACGUUCGAGCAGACAUCGGUCCACCCGUGAAUAUAUUUGAUGAAGUGGUUCGUCAGCUUCCAGUGAAGGCAGAGGGCGUACAAAGAGAAAAGAAUCAACCUGUUCUUGUAAGUCUACAGACAUCUGGAUCAGUUACGGAAUCACGAAAUAUAUCGUUCCCUAGUGCUGGACUUGUGUCCGGUUCUGAGAAGAUACAGAUAACAGUUAUUGGAGAUCUAUUCGGUCCAUCGCUUGCCAAUAUAGACAACCUAAUACAGCUGCCCACUGGUACAGGAGAGGCGACACUUAUCCUCUUUGCUCCUGCAGUUUAUGCGGCUGCCUACCUGAAAGAAACUGGGAGGUUUGAUGGCAAUAUUGAUCUGCAAAAUAAAAUCCGGACUAUUUUACAAACAGGUUAUCAACGUUUGUUGAUAUAUCAGCGAACGGAUGGAUCUUUUAGUGACUUUGGAAAUGCUGACAAAGUUGGUGAUGCUUGGCUGACAAUAUUUGUGCUAAGAGUACUCGCUCAUGCUGAACAACUCAAUAUAACCACGAUAGACUCAAAUGUCAUACAGCGUGCUGUUAACUUUCUCCUAAAUGAAGACCCAUCCAUUGCCGAUCCUUCGACUAUUUCCCACCCUGGUAUGAACGGUGGCUCAAAUUCAAGCAAAAAUGCAUUCAGUGCCUUUUACUUGAUCACACUUAACGAACUGAAAGCGUCACGUCUAAUAAAGGAUCAAGCAGUCAGCGACAACAUUACUAAAACGAUAACGAAGACGACCACUCAGCUGAUCGAACAAAUUCCAAAAUUAAAAGAGGACUAUGAAAGGGCUAUUUGUGCUUAUUCGCUCGUAAAGAACAAUCAAAAUGCAGCGGACACAAUUCUAGAACAGCUUGAGUCCAGUCCUAAUAAGGUUGUUGAAGGCAACAGCAAACAUUGGAAGACGCCCUCUAACACGUUGGAUAUCGAAACUACCGCCUAUGCACUGUUAACGUACAGCGUCAAGGAUGACAGAGUCAACGGCCUUCUUAUCCUAAAGUGGCUUGUGCUGCAGCGUAAUGCCUUUGGUGGAUUUUCUGUACAGGACACGAUUGUUGGCCUUCACGCCCUGACGGAGUUUGCCAGACUUAUCUACUCGAAGGUUGUUGACCUGACGUUGGCCAUCAAAAGCAAGACAGGCGGGGUAGAGAAAGUGGAAUCGACGCUGACUCUAAAUUCUGAAAACCACGAUGUUCUGCAAUUUGUUAACAUUCCAAGUGCGGUCGAUGAAAUUAUCAUCCAGGCAAAUGGGUCGGGUCUUGCCCUUGUUGACAUCAUACAAUUCUACAAUUUGAAAGGAGACGAACGCGCCCCAUCAUUUGUUAUUGAGCUUACAACACGCAACGAAACUACGAGGAGCUUUACCUUGAAUAUGUGCGCGUCAUCCAAUGUGUUUAUACAUGCUAACACUACGGUCAUCUAUGACAUCGGCAUGAUAUCUGGCUUCGAGCCAGAAAUGGAAAAAGUCGAUGUUCCAGACCUUCUUAAGAAAAAGCAAUUCGUCAAAGGCAGACUUAUUCUUUAUUUUACGGGGGUGACAAAGACAGCAGUUUGCGUGGACGUUCCAGUGAGUCGUGUUUCUGUUGUGGUGGGUGUUCGACCCGCUACUUGUGUAGUCUACUCUCUCAGUGAUCUUGAUACAGUUGCCAUAAAGCAGUAUCUACCCAAGAACAUGCAAGGUGCCGGGCUGUGCAGCGUAUGUCCAGAAUGCUGUGACCAAGAUAUGGUUCCACUAACGGACUGUGGAGUCGCCGCAUAAAUGCAGUAUAUCAGUUUUGGGGUUUAUGUCUGAUGAUGUACUUAAAUGCCUCAAGUUCAAUAAAAAAUGUCUAAAGAA